AAAGGAAGAUCAAGGAGGAAGUGGAGGAGGGAGAGGUGAAGGGAAAAGGAGGAGGAAGAAGGGAUGGUGGUGGAAGAGGAAGUGGGGAAGGAGGAAGGGGAGGAGCAGCGGCGGAAUCAAAACAAGCGGGACCCGCCUCCCUCCUCCCGCCCUGCGCUGCUUCCCGGGGCCAGGCGGCGGUGGCGGCGGCGUGCGAGUGCCGUGUGCGGAGGGAGAGAGCGCGAGUGUUCCUGCCGAGCCUGCCAGGAGGAGGAGGAGGAGGCUGCCUGCCUGUCUGUCUUCCUGCCUGCCUUCCCGGCCUGACAAUGGAGCUGCCCUGAGCCCGGGCGGGGCCCGCUGGGCAGCCAAGGCAGAAGCGCCGCCACAGAGAGCCCCUUCCUCCUCCUGCUGCUGCUGCUGCUGCGGAGCUCUUCGGGAGGCUGGCGAUGCCGAACCAGAAGAGCAGCAAGGGCAAGAAGAACAAGCGCGCCAACAGCAGCGGGGACGAGCAGGAAAAUGGAGGCGCCCUGGGCGCGGCGGCAGGGGCAGCGGCGGCGGCAGGAGGAGGAGGAGGAGGAAGCGGAGGAGGGGCGGCGGCAGCGCAGGCGGCGGCGGGAGCGGGCCUGGCCUCGGGAGGAUCCGGGGGAAGCGGAGGCGGAGGAGGACCGGCCUUAGCCGCAGGGGGCUCCGGGGGAGGAGGCGCGGGGACGGCGGCCGGGACGGCGGCGGGGGCGGCUGCUCCGGGCUCGGCUUCGGCGGACUCCAAGCACGAAGCACCUUGUGCUACACCACUGAUAUGUAGCUUUGGACGGCCUGUCGACCUAGAAAAAGAUGAUUAUCAGAAAGUUGUAUGCAACAAUGAACAUUGUCCCUACAGCACUUGGAUGCACCUUCAGUGUUUUUAUGAAUGGGAGAGCAGCAUUUUGGCUCAGUUUAACUGCAUUGGGAGAGCAAGGAGCUGGAAUGAGAAACAAUGUCGACAAAAUAUGUGGACUAAGAAGGGGUAUGAUCUUGCUUUUCGAUUUUGUUCUUGCCGAUGUGGGCAGGGGCACUUGAAGAAAGACACAGAUUGGUACCAGGUAAAACGAAUGCAAGACGAGAAGAAGAAAAAAUCUGUAUCGGAAAAGAGCAGUGGAAGAUCAACAUCAGAGUCCUCGGAAGAUGCUAAAAAGUGCAGGCCCACUAACAAACCACAGAAAGGUUUGAACCAUGAUAUCCAGCGACGACAUUCAAUGGAUAGGCAGAACUCUCAAGAGAAAAGCAGUGCCAGCAGUAGCUAUGCAGUUCGUUCUCCGUGUGGUUCUCCUGGCCAAUCUCCUCCAGCAGGAUAUUCUGUCCUUGCCCCCACACAUUUCAGUGGGCCUCGCUCUUCACGAUACUUAGGAGAAUUUUUGAAGAAUGCCAUUCACCUAGAACCUCACAGGAAGAACAUGGCCAAUAGUGGCAUGUUCAGAAAUGCUCACUUUGAUUAUGGGACAUCUGGGCUACAAGCACACAGAUCAGGACAUUUUGAUGCCCCUGUACAGUUUUUGAGAAGGCUUGAUCUGUCUGAACUCCUUGCUCAUAUACCCCGGCAUAAAUUGAACACUUUCCAUGUUCGGAUGGAAGAUGAUGCCCAAGUGGGUCAAGGAGAAGACCUUCGGAAAUUCAUUCUUGCUGCACUCAGUGCCAGUCACCGAAAUGUUGUCAACUGUGCAUUAUGCCACAGAGCACUGCCAGUUUUUGAACAGUUUCCAUUGGUGGAUGGAACCUUGUUUCUUAGUCCAUCAAGACACGAUGAAAUUGAAUAUGAUGUUCCGUGCCAUCUUCAAGGAAGACUUAUGCAUCUCUAUGCUGUUUGUGUAGACUGUUUAGAAGGAGUUCACAAAAUUAUCUGCAUAAAGUGCAAAUCUCGGUGGGAUGGAAGCUGGCAUCAACUGGGAACCAUGUAUACUUAUGACAUUCUAGCUGCUUCUCCAUGUUGUCAGGCUCGACUGAACUGUAAACAUUGUGGGAAACCUGUUAUAGAUGUACGUAUUGGGAUGCAGUAUUUCUCAGAAUACAGCAACGUUCAGCAGUGUCCACACUGUGGGAACUUGGACUACCAUUUUGUGAAGCCAUUUUCUUCCUUUAAAGUUUUGGAGGCUUAUUGACAAAAGCUUUGCCAUAGUAAUAGCUAUUUUAUGAGUAUUGUUCCUUUUAUUUUACAUAUCUUUUAUAAGAUCUGUUCUGUGAGCGGAGGGGGGUAUUUUUUUUCUAACAGAAAGAAAGUGCAGCAGCUUUUGUGUGAUUGUGUACAUGUGUUCCUAUGUAGAUAUGUGUCCUCUUGCCAUGAUUUCAGUGAAAGUUGGUGAUGAGGCAGCACACUGUCUCUCCUUCCUAACAUUCAUUUAAGCUGGGAGGAAAAUUCUCUUUUUU